UCCCAAGCCUCGCAGUGGAAGGGGUGAUCAUUUCUGGCUUCUCUGGCUUGCUUCUCGCUCCCCUCCCUCCCUACUUGGGUGCGAGCCGGUGUGAGAGCCAUGGGGCGAAGAGCCUGGACUCUGCAGUGUACUGCUUUCACUCUCUUUUGCGCUUGGUGUGCAAUGAACAGUGUAAAAGCGAAGAGGCAGUUUGUGAAUGAAUGGGCGGCGGAGAUCCCCGGGGGACCUGAGGCAGCCUCGGCGAUAGCCCAGGAGCUAGGCUAUGACCUUUUGGGUCAGAUUGGAUCACUUGAAAAUCACUACUUGUUCAAACACAGAAACCAUCCUCGGAGGUCUCGAAGGAGUGCCCUUCACAUCACUAAGAGAUUGUCUGAUGAUGAUCGUGUGAUAUGGGUGGAACAACAGUAUGAAAAAGAAAGAAGUAAACGUUCAGUUCUAAGAGACUCAGCACUAGAUCUCUUCAACGAUCCGAUGUGGAAUCAGCAGUGGUACUUGCAAGAUACAAGGAUGACUGCAACCCUGCCCAAGCUGGAUCUCCAUGUGAUACCUGUUUGGCAAAAAGGCAUCACAGGCAAAGGUGUUGUUAUCACUGUAUUGGAUGAUGGCUUGGAGUGGAAUCACACAGACAUCUAUGCCAACUAUGAUCCGGAGGCCAGCUAUGAUUUUAACGAUAAUGACCAUGAUCCAUUUCCCCGAUAUGAUCCCACAAAUGAGAACAAACACGGAACCAGAUGUGCAGGAGAAAUUGCGAUGCAAGCAAAUAAUCACAAGUGUGGGGUCGGAGUUGCAUACAAUUCCAAAGUUGGAGGCAUAAGAAUGCUAGAUGGCAUUGUGACCGAUGCUAUUGAAGCCAGCUCAAUUGGAUUUAAUCCUGGGCAUGUGGAUAUUUACAGCGCAAGCUGGGGCCCUAACGAUGAUGGGAAAACUGUGGAGGGGCCUGGCCGACUGGCCCAGAAGGCUUUUGAAUACGGUGUCAAACAGGGCAGACAAGGAAAGGGCUCUAUCUUCGUCUGGGCCUCCGGGAACGGGGGGCGUCAGGGAGAUAACUGUGACUGCGACGGGUACACGGACAGCAUCUACACCAUCUCCAUCAGCAGUGCCUCGCAGCAAGGCCUGUCCCCCUGGUACGCAGAGAAGUGCUCCUCCACGCUGGCCACCUCGUACAGCAGUGGGGACUACACCGACCAGCGAAUCACGAGUGCUGACCUGCACAACGACUGCACAGAGACCCACACGGGCACCUCAGCCUCUGCACCCCUGGCCGCCGGCAUCUUCGCUCUAGCCCUGGAAGCAAAUCCAAAUCUCACCUGGCGAGAUAUGCAGCACUUGGUUGUAUGGACCUCUGAGUAUGACCCACUGGCCAAUAACCCUGGAUGGAAAAAGAACGGAGCAGGCUUGAUGGUGAACAGUCGAUUUGGAUUCGGGCUGCUAAAUGCCAAAGCUCUGGUGGAUUUGGCUGAGCCCAGCACCUGGAGCAGUGUGCCUGAGAAGAAGGAAUGUGUUGUCAAGGACAACGACUUUGAGCCCAGAGCCCUGAAAGCUAAUGGAGAAGUCAUCAUAGAAAUUCCAACAAGAGCUUGUGAAGGUCAAGAAAAUGCUAUCAAGUCACUGGAACAUGUGCAAUUUGAAGCAACAAUUGAAUAUUCCCGCAGAGGAGACCUUCAUGUCACCCUCACUUCGGCCGCUGGAACCAGCACUGUACUGUUGGCUGAAAGAGAGCGGGACACCUCUCCCAAUGGCUUUAAGAACUGGGACUUCAUGUCUGUUCACACGUGGGGAGAGAACCCCAUAGGCACUUGGACUUUGCGAAUUGCAGACAUGUCUGGAAGAAUGCAAAACGAAGGCAGAAUCGUGACCUGGAAGCUGAUCCUGCACGGGACCUCUUCCCAGCCAGAGCACAUGAAACAGCCCCGGGUGUACACGUCUUACAACACCGUCCAGAAUGACCGAAGAGGCGUGGAGAAGGAGCAGCCUACACAAGAGGGCCCAGAUGAGAACGCUCAGGCAUCCCAAAGCCCCAGCGGCAGUGGAGUCGGGGGCAGAAGGGAUGAGCUGGCAGAGGACGCCCCUUCUGAGGCCAUGCUGAGACUCCUGCAGAGCGCUUUCAGCAAAAACUCACCCUCAAAGCAAUCACCAAAGAAGCCCCCAAGUGCGAAGCCCAACAUCCCUUAUGAAAACUUCUAUGAAGCCCUGGAAAGGCUGAACAAACCCUCCCAGCUUAAAGACUCUGAGGACAGUCUGUAUAACGACUAUGUCGAUGGCUUCUACAACACGAAACCUUACAAGCACAGGGACGACCGGCUGCUCCAAGCUCUGGUGGACCUUCUGAGGGAGGAAAAUUAAAAUGCGUGCUGGUCCAAAGCUGGAGAUAGUCACGCUUCUUCCUUCCCCCUUAGAUUUUGCCUGUGUCUGAAGUGGGUGUUUUGUCAUUGAUUCUUCUGCUUCUAAUAUCCUUUGCAGUACUUUUUCUUUUUCUCCCUAAACUGGAUAUUUGAAAGCUAGGAGCUCAAGCAGUAAAUCCAACUUCCUGAAAUGAUUGCACAAAGCACGUCUUCCCUGCUUGCACAAGUCAAAUAUUUUGUUCUUUCUGGGGCCACAGUUCACACCUGGUCCUCAUACCACACGAGAACGCCUACUCGGGCCUCCCAUUUCAUGUCUCAAAAUAAAAGGUACACAGGGCAAUAGAUUACUUUGAAAAAGCAACCUGCAAAAAAAAUGAGAGGAAGGAAGACAGUUUCUAAUAGCUUGUCCCCUGUCUUUGCCAUACAGUUUUUCAAAUUUUGAUGCCAAAGAAGGGCUUGGAAAGUCUCUAAUGAAGGAGCUCUUAAUUAGAUUCAUAUCCCAGGCUUUUCUGCUCCAAAGUGCUG